UUGGACUUCUAUCUGUUUAAAAUCUCCUGCUCUUUCUGGAACUCUCCCCUAAUGAGUCAUUAUGAGGGCUCUAUUAACCCUUUAACAAAGUUUUUACCAGCAUUGCACUGAGAAGCAUAUAUAAUGACCACAAAAGUAAGCACAAAAAAACAACACCUCACUAUACAAUUCACAGGACAGAACACAGAACACUUCCGUUAAAAGAAGCAAAAACAAACAAACAAAAAAAACAGGUGUGCAGGCCCAUAGAGGACUCAUGGACAGUGCAUUAUUGCCUCAGAUAUGAUGUCCAUAUUUUUUUAUUGGCUUUCAGCCAAACUCCUACAGAUGAGCAACAGGACGACUCUGACCCGAGGAGGUGACAUGUAUUAUUUACUCAUCAGCAGAGUAACACAAUCCCUGUGUCAUCAACCAGCAGCAGGCAGCAGGUGAAGUGCUCAGGUGAUGUGCUCCGAGGCGACUGCUGGCCACAUUUUACAGGAAAUGCUGCAAAGAAAACAGAACAGAAAGCAAACUGAUGUGAGUCUGAUAUAAAGCUGCUGCAUGCAGGACUCUGCUUGGAUCAGGUGUGACUCACAGAAGAAACCCAAACUAUCUGGGUUCAAGGAUAAACCUCUCUCUCUUUGGACAUAGCUGCCUGAUGGGAAGAGCACAAAGUUACCUUUUACCCUUUGAAAAGGCAACAGCAAAAUAAAGAGACUGAAAGAGCUGCUUUCAUUGGAUGGUGUUUGGGAAUUGAAAUGCUCUGGUUCCCAGAAAACCUACAUAAUUUCCUUUAAAACAGUGCUGCACACAUGACAAGAACAGCGGAUUCUACUGCUCAGCUUACCUAUAAUUUGAAAGCCACCAGUUUGGUUGUCAAUUCCUGAUUAUUUUUUUCAAGACUCAGACUUUGGAUGUUUCAGGACUCAACGUCUCAGCAGGUGGUCCACACCAAACUGUUAGUUAAAAGAUACAUUGAUAAUUUUCUGUGUGGCACAGAAGACCAAGAGUCCAGCAAAAGGGAUGUCUAGGCGUGGAGAUUUUAAUCACCUGGAGCUUACAGUUGAUAUGCUUCUUUUUACCUCUUUUUGAUGAGGAGACAAGUGGACAAUGAACUGGGGAUUUUUGGAGAAGAUUCUGAGUGGAGUGAACAAGUACUCCACUUCAAUUGGCCGGAUCUGGCUCUCUGUGGUCUUCCUGUUCAGGAUCCUGGUAUAUGUGGCUGCGGCUGAGCAGGUCUGGAAGGACGAGCAAAAUGACUUUGUGUGCAACACACUGCAGCCUGGCUGCAAGAAUGCCUGCUUCGACCAUUUCUUCCCCAUAUCUCAGAUUCGUCUUUGGGCUCUGCAGCUCAUCAUGGUGUCCACACCAUCCCUAAUGGUGGCCCUUCAUGUGGGCUACAGGGAGCACCGGGAGGCCAAGCACAAGAGAAAGUUCUACAAGGACAAAAGGAGCAUUGAUGGUGGUCUUUUCUGUACCUAUGUCAUCAGCUUGCUCUUUAAGAUGGGCUUUGAAGUGGGGUUCUUGCUGGCUUUUUACUACCUGUACAGUGGUUUUGGGGUGCCCAUCCUGAUGCAGUGCACACAGAAACCCUGCCCCAACACUGUGGACUGCUACAUAGCCCGAGCCACGGAGAAGAAGAUCUUCCUCUACAUCAUGGGCUGCACCUCCAUUUUGUGUAUAGCUCUCAACUUCUCAGAGCUCCUUUACAUUGUGUGGAAGCAACUGUGGAGACACUUCAACAGGCGAUAUGUUCCUGUGGAGCAGCAAAUUUUGAAAAACAGCCAGCUUCAUGUUUCAGCUGACAAAAGAUUCACAUCGUCUGAGCAGCUUGAAAACACAAAGGUCUGCACACCAGAACCCGCAGCUGAUGCAGUUGAAAAACCUGCCAGUCCAGUUCAGCAGAGCUGAGAGCAUCCGAUCCCCCUGGUCACAAAGACAAAUGCAGCUUCUUUAUGGCCUGAAACAUAACUGACAAUAAACGUUUUUUUAAACAUAUCAUUGGAUAUAUAUAAAUUUAUAAAAAUUCUCUUCUGAGAAUCAUUGAAACUUGUUAAAGUACCUGUUGAAUUGUUGACGUGUUGAAUGGAAGUAUGUUACACAGCAACAUAACUGCCUCUUACAGAUAACAUUUUUUUUGUUUCAGCUUGCUUGUAUGAUAGUACACUGCUCAGUAACUUUGUGCUUUUGUACUUUCAGAUUUCUUUCUCUCUAUUUCAGUAAUAUGUUUUGUGUCUAGUGAAUUUGUUUUAAAACUCUUGGUUCUUCCAGCACCACCAAACAAACAGCCCAGAAACAGGUAACUUUAGAGCUUAAUGUUUUCAUUGCUUAGGGCCUCAGGGCAGCUUUUUGUUUAUUUCUUUUUCAGUGUUUUAGUAUUAUUUAGAUUUAAAAGUAACUUCUAUUAACUGUGUGUCUUUGUGUCUAUGAAGUAGAACCCAAAGAAUGUGAUUGGAAAUGUUAUGUAAUUUCCAAUCACAUAAAAUCUCUCUCUCUCCCUAUAUAUACUGUAUAUAUAUGUAUAGUUAACAUGUCACUCU